AUGUUGUACAGGGGUGAGCGGUCCAACCCAAUCCGCCUAAUGAUAAGUCCUAGCCUUCCUAUUUACAGAACUAGAAUUUCAGAUCCAGCCGCAACGCAAUACCCUAUGCCCAAUUCAAGUUGGUAUACUGGCAGAUCACAGACGUGGGACGAGGCGAAGUGGGACCGCAGUCGAUUGACAGUGGAUCCAGAGCACCUCAAUUACCGCACACACCAAGGUCUACGGAAGGCAGUGACAGAUUCAGUUGUCAGACAUGUAUGGGAUUCUAUGUCGCAGGAGCUGCACUUCCGUGAAGGAUCUGCGCAGGUUCAAGCCGAGUUGCUGUGA